AAGUAAAAUGGAAAGGUUGAUGCCUCAGCUUGAGUCCACAUAAAAUUGUGCGUCCGCCGCAGAUAGAGAGGUUAUGUUUUCGAAAAGACAAGGAACCGCACAGAUUUGAGAUUUAUGUAAAUACAUAUGCACAGACGUUACUGAUAGCUUGCGUGUAAAUACAAGGGGAUAGAGGAAACUGAGCGGUUGCUCCACUUCAGGUGCCUUCCUUUCAAUAUCGAUCAUCGAAUUCGAUUUCGAUCCAAACGAUCAAAGUUGAUGGAAUCCACCAAUUCCACGGUCGAGGACUCGGCCUACAAGGUAGCGGAAGAGGUCGACAGAGUGGUGGAGCAGGCCAAGCAGCUUCAGGAUUCUGCCGCCUCUUUAAUUUCCAGGUCUUCCAACGACGAGCAGUCUCUCCGCCAGCGUGCUCUUUCCCUCGAGUCUUCCAUCCGUCGUUGCCAUUCCCUCCUUAACCCCCUCAUCUCCCACAAGCUCAUCGAUCCCAAGCUAGCUGAGAAGCUCGAAGAAGAUCUACAAAGAGCCAGAUGUAUGAUGCUUGAUGGAGACGCAGCUGCUUUUCUUCCCACCAAAACCCAGGGUUUUUAUACUUCUAAUUCUUCAUUUUCUUUUUUGGAGUUUCAAUCCCUCUCUGCAUGUUCCCUUAUGCGUAUAUUCACAGGCAAAUUCCUCAAAAUGUUUCUGGGACCCAUUAAUGUCCGUGCUUCUCGCAAAGAUGUUCAAUUGAAAGUUAAAGAGGAAUACAACAGUUAUAGGGACAGAACCGCCCUUUUGUUUCUUCUUUUUCCAUCAAUUCUACUGACCCUAAGAUCUUGGCUCUGGAAUGGAUGUUUGCCGGCAUUUCCUGUUCAACUCUACCAGGCAUGGCUGUUGUUCCUCUAUACUGGUUUGGCUUUGCGAGAAAAUAUUUUGAGAGCCAAUGGAAGUGAUAUCCGUCCAUGGUGGAUUUACCAUCAUUACUGUGCUAUGAUUAUGGCCCUUGUUAGUCUCACAUGGGAGGUUAAAGGACAACCAAAUUGUGCUCAGAAGCAGAGAGGGGUGCAACUUUUCUUGCAAUGGGCAAUGAUGCAAGGUGUUGCAAUGCUUCUACAGAACAGAUAUCAACGUCAAAGACUUUAUACACGUAUUGCCUUAGGAAAGGCCAAGAGAAUGGAUGUUGUCUGGGGUGAAACAGCUGGCGUGCAUGGCCAACUGUGGCUUUUGUGUCCUAUUCUCUUCAUCUUGCAGGGUUUUGAGGCGUAUGUUGGACUACAGUUGCUUAGAACUGCAUUUGUUAGGGUUGUCUCUGAGUGGCAGGUAAUAUUCUGUGGGAUCCUUUUGGUUUUUAUGGCAGUUGGAAACUUCUUAAAUACAGUACAGACACUGAUGGCAAAGUCGAGGUUCAAGGCAAAAAUGAAAAGAAGUAAGAGCAAGCCGGAAUUAGAUUGAGGAAAUUUAUAAUUUUUAAUAGUUAUACUUCCUGUAGUUAUAGCAUCUCAAUUUUGGAUUUUUUUUUUA